AUGACUUCACUACGGGUGUUGAAACCAAACACAUUGUAUAUUGUUUUCCAAACGAGAACAACGAGAGAAACGAGGGAUGUACCUAUACGUCCCUUGGGAAAUGAAAAUACUAAAGUUAGUGCUUAUAUAUCCGGCUCAAAAGAUCCCUGGGUUGGACGCUGGGGUACAAUAAACCCAAAACUAUCCACCAACAGAACAGUGAGGUUUAGAGAUGUCAAUCUUCGCCACCAUUCCCAAAGUUUCUUUCUUUGGGAGAUUAUGCCAACAAAUAAUAACAACAGAGUGCUGGAUCGUCUUCAGCAAAUGUAUAUUAGCAACAAGCAUGGAAACUGGACUGCCUCAAAAGCAUCAUUACGUCUCUUACAAAUGUUGCAUGGAGGUCAUAGAAAAAUUAAUCUUCUGUUCCAGCCAAUUAUUCCUGCUCAUGCACCUGGAGUUUUCAGAACCAUCCAAGAAGUUGAAAGGAAACUGCCCGUGCAAGAUAGAGGGUUACCAAGCAACUUGACGAUACUGAGAGUACAGCCUGGUGAGAAUAUUCAGAUACUAGAUUUUGAAUCGAAACCUACCCUUAAGAUCAUAGGUGUACUUUCAGAACAUCCUCACCAUCAUCAUCAUAAGCAUCAGCAUCGUCGCCGAAAUUCUAGACGUCCCCGCUUAAUAUCCCGGAAAAGUUCAUGGCACAGAGGACAGCACUAUUAUGAUCAAAGACGCCCCCGUGAAAGAAACCAGUCUUUUGAAGAUUACCCGCUGUCCAACAAGACAACAAAUCAGGCGAUACAUGAGACGAGAGUAGGUGAGUAUAUGGAACCAUCUAUACAUGCUCAGCAAGAUCAUUCGCGACGAUCAUCAGUGCCUCAAUUAUCAUCAGCAGCACCACCAAUCUAUCCAACAGUCGGUGCCCUUCCACCUGGAGGCUACGUAAUGCCACCCGUGAAUGCUCCCCAGGUAGUCGCUGUACCUCAAUACCCUCAAGUUAUGCCAACUUUCACAGGCGGUCAGCCUCUUCCACCACAGACUGCUAAACCAGUUCCAGUACCGAUAUCAAGUUCUACGUCAGGUAGACGCCGGUCUAUAUCUUCACAACCAAUCAAUACAUAUCAUCGAAAAGAGUCUAACUCUCAGAACUCUUAUCAUCCUUCGACUGAUUCCGUUAACUCCAAUCCCCGCCGUCGACGUAACUCCGAGUCUGAAGCAAGUUAUUAUGGGAAAAGAAAUACACAAGAGGAAAGUAGUAGUUCCAAUCAUGGACAUCAUCUCGGCGUCAGAGAAGCUCUAUCUCAUAUCAAAGAUAAGCUCAUGCAUCCUGUACCACCAACACCCUCAGGUCGCUUGGUCGCAUGA